AUGCGGCGAAGAGGGACGGAUUUUCGCAGGCCAGUGCGAAGGAAGGUUCCAGAUGCGUUGUGGUGGGCAUUGUGCUGUGCAGUGAUUCUUCUCUUUGUCUAUAUUCUUAGCAAAGGGAACAGAAUUGAGUCCAGACCCGCUUUGUCCAAGAGAACUUACAAGCAUGAUAAGAUUAUGGAAGGCCUUAAUAUUACUGAAGAGAUGUUAAACACUAACUCAGUUACGAGACAACUCAAUGAUCAGAUAUCUCUGGCAAAAGCUUUUGUUGUAAUUGCAAAGGAGAGUAACAAUCUCCAAUUUGCUUGGGAAUUAAGUGCCCAGAUCCACAAUUCACAGAUGCUCCUCUCAAAUGCUGCCACUAGGCGUGUUCCUUUGACAACUAGGGAAACAGAAAGGGCUAUCCGUGAUAUGGCAUUGUUGUUAUACCAAGCCCAGCAGCUCCAUUAUGAUAGUGCAACCAUGAUCAUGAGAUUCAAAGCAAAAAUUCAAGCCCUCGAGGAACAGAUGAAUUCUGUUACCGAAAAGAGUUCCAAAUAUGGGCAAAUAGCUGCUGAAGAAGUCCCAAAAAGUCUCUACUGUCUUGGUGUUCGGUUGACAACAGAAUGGUUCAGAAACUUUAAUUUCCAAAAGAAGCUGAAGGACAAAAGGCAAAUGGAGAUGAAGCUCAAGGAUAACAAUCUUUACCACUUUUGUGUUUUCUCGGAUAACAUUCUUGCGACUUCAGUUGUGGUCAAUUCAACUGCAAUGAAUUCUAAAAAUCCCAAUAUGAUCGUUUUCCACCUUGUCACUGAUGAAAUAAACUAUGCAGCGAUGAAGGCAUGGUUUUCCAUGAAUGAUUUCCAUGGGGUGACUGUGGAAGUUCAGAAGUUUGAAGACUUUACAUGGUUAAAUGCUUCAUAUGUUCCUGUGCUUAAGCAACUUCAAGACUCGGAAAUACAGAGCUACUACUUUUCUGGCAACAGCGAUGAUGGAAGAACACCUAUCAAGUUUCGUAACCCUAAAUAUUUAUCCAUGCUUAAUCACCUGAGGUUCUACAUACCAGAAGUUUUUCCUGCACUUGAGAAGGUGGUGUUCCUGGAUGAUGAUGUUGUGGUUCAGAAGGAUCUUUCUGGUCUUUUUUCCAUUGAUUUGAAUGGGAAUGUAAAUGGAGCUGUUGAAACAUGCAUGGAGACAUUUCACAGAUACCAUAAAUAUUUGAACUACUCUCAUCCUCUUAUUCACACACAAUUUGACCCUGAUGCUUGUGGAUGGGCAUUUGGGAUGAAUGUAUUUGAUUUGGUUGAAUGGAGGAAAAAAAACGUAACCGGCAUCUACCACUAUUGGCAGGAAAAGAACGUAGACCGGACAUUGUGGAAACUUGGUACCUUGCCGCCUGGACUGUUGACAUUUUAUGGAUUAACUGAGCCCCUGGAUCCAUCAUGGCACGUUUUGGGUUUUGGCUACACCAAUGUUGAUCCUCAGUUGAUAGAGAGGGGAGCUGUGCUUCACUUCAAUGGAAAUUCCAAACCAUGGUUGAAGAUUGGGAUUGAGAAGUACAAGCCCCUAUGGGAAAAAUAUGUUGAAUACUCUCAUCCUUUACUUCAACGGUGUAACUUCCACUGA